AUGAACAAGAUCAUCGUCUAUGAGCACAUUAACUUUGGGGGACUCAGCAAAGAGUACACCACCGACGUUGCUAAUUUGAAAACUGAGAAUUUUAAUGACACUAUCUCCUCCUUAAAGGUGAUCGGAAAUCCAUGGGUCACGUACAACGAUAUCAACUUUGGCAAGUUGCUGGAAGUCUAUGAGGAAGGAGAAUACACCAGCAUAAAAGAGAAUGAUAAGAUUUCUUCUCUGCAGCUGAUGACAGAGGACCUCUCAAAUCCUCAGAUCACACUGUACGAACAUGCAGACUACAAGGGCAGAAGCAUUGUCCUCACCACUGAGACCAAACUGUCUUACGGCAAUUUCAACGACAUUGCGUCUUCUCACAAGGUGCAGAAAGGAGUCUGGGUCCUCUACCAACAUGUGGAUCGACGUGGGGAUAAGAUGCUGGCCAGAGCUGGUCAUGAUGUGCCUGGCUAUAAGACAUUAAAUGACCGAAUCAGCCAAGUACGCCCUCUUAAGGCUGGGAGACCCUUUGUCACAGCAGAGCUUAUGUGGGAACAAAGACAAGAACAGGAACGAUCCAUCACUAUCGACUCUAUAUGUGGAGUGAAUUAUGGAACGACUGAACAAACCUUCACCACUGAGCUGAGUCGAGAGUAUGAGGGCUCCAGUACUGAGAGCUUCAACUUCAGCCAUUCUACACAGGUCAGCGUGGGAGUGACAUUUACCCUGGACUUGCUUUUGUUAAAUACGAAUCUAAACUUGUCUGUAAAUAAAACUUUCACUAUAGAGAAGGGCAAAAGUGUCACCAGAACAGAGAGGAAAAGCAUCAAGGUGUCUCUGCCAGCGAUCAUCCGUCCCAAAACCAAACUGACUGUGAACGUAGUGAGGAAGGAGUUGGACGUGAUUGUCCCAGUCAAGCUGACCAUUUACACUGGUUUUCAAACUGUGGUUGAAUAUGGAGAGUAUAGGUGCCAGUGGGGGAAUUCAAUCAACUCUGAAUACAAAGAGGAGCAAAUUCAGUGA